AAAAAUCUGGUUCAGGAUUUUAGACUCGUUUUCAAUUUCAAGCGUGUUUGGUUCGCCGGCAGAGAGACAUAACCAAACAAAUAGGGUUUAAGCUCUACUAAAAUGGCGACGACGUUGAAUCGAAUCCUGAAGCAUAGAUCAGUCUCUGCUCUCAACAAGCAUCAUCAAGGACUCUUCUCCCUCACUCGAUACGAGAAUCAUGACUCUCUCCCUUCUCAAAUGCCAGCUCUUCGAUCAACCACCCGUUCUUUCCUCGAUUUUUAUAAGUUCGGGAAUAAGAAAGCAAUUGAAGAUGAGCGUGCUAGACUUAAUGAUGAGAUGAAUCGGGGUUACUUUGCUGAUAUGAAAGAAUUCAAGGAACAUGGUGGUAAGAUCGCAGCUGCAAAUAAGACUAUAAUUCCUGCCGCUUCAGCCAUCAAAUUUCCGGUAUUAGCAGUGACUUUCUCUAAUGGAAAAAGCCUAAAGUUGCCUAUUGCUCCCAACAGCAAUGAGGUUGACACAGAGAGUUUGGUUGUUCCUAAAGUAUCAUUGGUGUGUCUGUCUUUCCGAGCAAGCUCUCAGGAAAUGAUCAGCUCGUGGAGCAAACCAUUUCUUGAAUCAUUUGGCAACAGGAAAGAUCUUCAGUUGUUUGAGGUUUCAUUUAUAGACAAAUGGCUGCUGGGCUUGGCCCCCAUAAGAAAACUACUUCUCCGGGUCUUGCAAAAACCAAACAAUAACGAGAAUAGUGUCCUCCAGAGGCAGGUGGGUUACGCAUUUGGAGACCAUUACUACUUCCGUAAAGAAAUUAAAGUUCUGAACCUUCUCACCGGGUAUAUUCUCUUACUUGACAAAUCCGGGAGAAUAAGAUGGCAAGGUUUUGGAACAGCAACUCCAGAGGAAGUAUCUCAACUUCUCUCUUGCACCUCACUUCUCUUGGAAGAUCAAUGAGAGAUCGCUCCCUGAACUGGAGACCGUCUCAAAACACAAGUGCUCCUCCUUGGCUCUUACGGAGGAUGUUGUCGAAGACAAUAAUAAAGUAUCUCUUAUCUUUCCGUUUUGCAGUUUGAUUGGAUUAUCUGCACUUAAGCGAUAGAGAAUCCUUUUCGUCCAAUUUUGUAUUUGGUGUUCAACGGAAAGGGGUCAUACUCACUCUUCACUUGUUUGGAUAGGUGUAGUUGUACUCAUCCGAGAAUGAUAUGACCUAAAUCUUUUUCUGAUACAAUUUGAGUUAAAAGUGGAAACAAAACAAGGCC